GCGUAAACUCGUCCGUCCUGAAGAUGUCGUAAAACUUAAAAGCUCCUGCUUGACCUCUGGCUGUUACAAAGCGCUGACACUGGAGACUCCUUCCAUAUAAGUUAAAUCAACGAAUGCCUCAUUUUGUGGAGCGUCUGACGUACGAGUCUUUGUGUACGAGGUGUUGCUAUAGAAACGAUAUGUUUUUAAAUGUAGUGUUAAUGUUAAUGUUAAUAUAAAUCUGUGAUGUGCAGCUGCGCUAUUGACAGAACUGCUGUUAUAGAAAAUUGAUCAACACCUCCUCUACUGACCAAUCACAAUGCGGUAUCUUAAUAUUUAGCGGAUCGGAUCGGACCGGACCGGCCCGGGAGAGAGGAUGGCGUCCGACUCGCCGUCUUCCUCCUCUAAGGGGAUCAUGACGUUUUACCCGACGAUGGAGGAGUUUAAGAGCUUCAGCCGCUACAUCGCGUAUAUGGAGUCUCAGGGAGCGCACAGAGCCGGCCUGGCCAAGGUCGUCCCUCCGAAGCAGUGGAAGCCCAGACGCUCGUACGACGACAUCGACGACCUGUUGAUCCCGGCGCCGAUCCAGCAGGUGGUGACGGGUCAGUCCGGGCUCUUCACACAGUACAACAUCCAGAAGAAACCCAUGACCGUGAAGGAGUUCCGCAAAACAGCCAACAGCGACAAGUUCUGCAGCCCUCGCUACGACGACUUUGAAGAGCUCGAAAGGAAGUACUGGAAAAACGUCACCUUCAACCCUCCCAUCUACGGAGCCGACGUGAACGGGACGCUCUACGACCCCGAUGUAGAAGAGUGGAACGUGGGCCAUUUGAACACCAUCCUGGACACGGUGGAGCACGAGAGUGGCAUCACCAUCGAGGGGGUGAACACGCCCUACCUGUACUUUGGCAUGUGGAAGACCACGUUCGCUUGGCACACAGAGGACAUGGACCUCUACAGCAUUAAUUACCUUCACUUCGGGGAACCAAAGUCAUGGUAUUCUGUGCCUCCGGAGCACGGGAAGAGACUGGAGCGUCUAGCUAAAGGAUUUUUUCCCGGAAGUUCUCAAAACUGCGAAGCUUUUCUCAGACACAAGAUGACUCUGAUCUCUCCGUCCAUUUUGAAGAAAUACGGCAUCCCUUUCGAAAAGGUCACUCAGGAAGCUGGAGAGUUUAUGGUGACGUUCCCGUACGGCUACCACGCCGGAUUCAAUCACGGGUUUAACUGCGCCGAGUCGACCAACUUCGCCACGCAGCGAUGGAUCGAUUAUGGAAAGCAGGCCAUUCUGUGUUCGUGUCGGAAGGACAUGGUGAAGAUCUCCAUGGACGUGUUCGUGAGGAAGUUCCAGCCCGAGCGCUACGAGUUGUGGCUGGCGGGGAAAGACAACGCUCCCAUCGAUCACACCAAACCCACUCCAGAGGCGGCGGAGUUCCUGGGAGGCAAGAAAGGAAACUUCGGCCAUCGACAGCCGUAUACGCAGAACCAGAGCAACGACUCGUCUAAAAAAAGUGUGGCCAAACAGAGAAUCGGUACUAAGAGGCACCGUGUGUGUUUGGAGGUACCGGAUGACGUUCUGCCAAAGAGCGAAGCACCGCACGACGACUCCGAGUACGGGAAGAAGGGACGCCUGUCUCCACGGGCCGAGCCGAGCCGGGACAAUACCGAGUGCAGCAGUCAGUCGAGCGUAAAAUCCGACAGCAGGAAGUGGCUGAAGCUCGGAGAUCGUUCAGAGAGCGCGUUCUGUGUUAAAUCGGAGAACGCCGCGGUGACCUCAGAGUGUCCUCAGGCCCCGAGGAAAAGCCAUCUGUCCAUCGCCACCGUCCCCAUGGCCUCUCACUGUCUCUCCGCCCUACCCUGGUCCUCCACCAAGCCCGGGGUGGCCAGCCUGCUCUUCCACAGGACCCUGAGCCCCUCCGACGCCUUGCAGGUCCACACGUACGCCGCCAAAGCCACGCUCCGUAAACCUCAACAUCCCCGGGUCCAGGACUUCAGGAAUUCGGAAUCCGAGUCGGAGUCAGAACCCACACCCAAGCUAGAACCCACACCCGAUCUGAAACUCGGAGCGGGCUCUCCGGAACGCGGCACGGGCUCUCUGGAACGCGGCGCGGGCUCUCCGGAACGCGGCCCGGGCUCUCCGGAACACAGCACGGGCUCUCCGGAACACAGCACGGGCUCUCCGGAACACAGCACGGGCUCUCCGGAACACAGCACGGGCUCUCCGGAACACAGCGCGGACACGCACGAGGAGGAAACGGAAGACGAGAAGGAGAACAAGAGAAUGAAGAGGAUGCGAAAACCCCUCAGCGAUCUGCCUCACCUCCACCCGCUGCUCGGAGAGAGCUCCAGUGAUGAAGAGUCGCAGGAGCAGGUGGAGAUGGAUGUAGACUCUCAGGAAUCGGACCCCUGGGCCCGGCUACUCAUGCCCCUCUGGCAAAAACGGAUUCUGCGCAGCUUUAAAGUUGAGCGGGAGUUCAACCGGCGUCUGGGUCUCCAGCCUCCCUACUGCGCCGUGUGCAGCCUCUUCCACACCUACGAACAGAGCGAGCUGAGAACUCUGACUCAGGGAACGUCCAUAUCUAGCGUGGAGGAGAAGCUGAGGACGAAGCCUCUGAUCCCGGAGAUGUGCUUCACGGGAAGUUCAGACGGACAGCUGUCCACUCCGAACCUGGACGAGGACGGCGCGAGUCCUCUGGUCAGCUGCUCGGUGUGCUCCGUGCGUGUACACACCAGUUGCUAUGGAGUGUCUCGAGACAGCAAUCUGGAAGGAUGGCGGUGUUCACGCUGUGAGGCUAACGCAUUUAAUCAGGACUGCUGUUUGUGUUCUUUACGAGGAGGAGCGCUGCAGAGAGCCAACAAUGAGAAGUGGGUGCAUGUGUUUUGUGCAGUAGCAGUUUUAGAAGCCAGAUUCGUGAACAUCGCUGAUCGCAGGCCGGUCGAUCUCAGUGCUAUACCGCUACAGAGAUUUAAACUGAAAUGUCACUACUGUCGGAAGCGGAUGAAGAGGGUUUCCGGCUGCUGCGUUCAGUGUUCCCACGGCCGCUGCUCGUCCUCGUUCCACCCCACGUGCGCUCAGGCGGCCGGCGUCCACAUGCACCCCGACGACUGGCCGUUCGUCGUCUUCUUCACCUGCUGGAGACACAAAGGAGGCACGAACAUCGAGCGCAACAAGGCGUCUCUGCGGGAACUGGUGGAGGGACAGAAGGUCAUCUGCAAGCACAAAAACGGCCGGUACUACCAGUGCGAGGUGAUGGAGCUCACCAAAGCGACGUUCUACGAGGUCGUCUUCGAUGACGGGUCGUUCAGCGACAAUCUUUUCCCAGAGGACAUAGUGAACAGAGACUGCGUGCGACUCGGGCCUCCAGCAGAGGGCGACGUGGUGCAGGUGCGCUGGACAGACGGACUGAUCUACGGCGCGAAGUUCGUAGCGGCUCACGUCAUCCCCAUGUACCAGUUGGAGUUCGAGGACGAGUCUCAGCUGACGGUCAAGCGGGAGGAAGUGUACUGUCUGGACGAGGAGCUGCCCAAACGUGUAAAGGCACGACUGUCCGUGGCGUCGGAUAUGCGCUUUAAAGGAGUCUUCGUGGAGAAGGAAGUCAAACAGGACUCGAAAAGACAGCGCUUCAUCAACUCGCGCUACAGAGAAGACUAUAUCGAACCUUCCAUCUACAGAGCCAUCAUGGAGUGACGUCACGCUCCGCGUGGAACGCGCCGGAACGGGACUCGUCGGACCCCGCCUCUGUUUCUAGCGUAAACAGCGAUGUCCAAACGUGACGGCCACGGGUUGUUUGUUUUGUUUUGUUUGUUUGUUUGUUUUUUUUCCCUUAAGCUCUUUAAUCCUGCCUUUAACCUGUUUUUCCACUGACACGGUGCCACUGUGGUUAAACACCAAACCUAAACAAAGAUGUCGCGUGAUCCGACGCACGAGCCUCCGAGUACACCUGCAAACCCGGCGUGUGCGCCGGCGAUCCAUCGCCUCCUACGCGCGUCUCGAUUUCAGCUCGUUUCCACUCAGAUUUUCCCAAUUUUAUGCGAAUUAGGUACAAAUCUAUAAAGAAGCGAGGGGGGAGAAAAUAAAUAAAUAAAACGAUCGUCACGACGACGCCCACGUUCCGACGUUUCUUCGGUUCCCGUUAGAGUCCGCAGCUUUUACUUCCUACCUGCAGUUCGUCCUGCAGAAAUGGAAGAGAAGCCUCUAGGCGUCCUGUUCCGUCACGUAUAGUCUCUGAUUAAAUGUGUAGAUCACGGAAGGAAGUACGGACGCAGCUAGUACACGCGCUGAUCUAGCGAGUGACGUGUAAAGCGAUCUUAAAUGCGGGUUUUAAAUAAAAGCGGUGUGUGUAAAUAGUAUAGUUGGCUUUAGGUUAUGAGUUUUGGCUACGAAUAAAAACAAUUGUAAAAAAAAAAAAAAAAAAAAAAAAUGAAGCCAGACAGGCCACGCCCACCAGAGACGAAACGGCCACGGCUGCCGUAGCGAUUUUACAAACUUUACAAAGUUCAGGGUUCUAGUUCUACCUUUUCUUACGACUGUAUUCCUCGUAAGGGGGGGGGGGGAAUAAAAUCCUUUUAGUAAAGACUAAAUCGAGUCCAGAUCAGCACCGUGUCUGUGGAAAAGCCUUUCCCGACACUCCUUAUCGUUUACGGUGGUCACGGUACGGAUCGGAUGGCGUAUCCCGGUCGAGCCGCACAUCAUCGUACACGUCGGUAGCACGGGCCGGGAUUUCCCGCCAACGCUCCAUGGAUAAAUCUCCAGGAUGAAUUCCAGCGCGUGGUCACUGUGUAAUCUACUGUAAAGAUAGAAGUUUUUUUGUUUUUUUUUUUAAAUAGGAAGGCCUAGCCUUAUAUUUUCCUUGGCUUAUUUUCCAGGCUCAGAUUCUGGGUUAACGUUUAAUUUAUAUCUCGGAUUAGUUUGGAUCGUUGCUUUUUAUCUCCUGAAAGUUUUCACCGCUUUGGCUUUGUAAAAAAAAAAAAAAAAAAAAAGAAAGAAAAAGGGGGAAAAAAAUUGUAUUUAUAUGUUUUGACUUUACGAAUGGCGUUUUUGUUCCCUUCUAGUUUUCUACUCCUUUUUACUCUGUUGAUCGUUAGGAACGAUUAUUGGCAGGUUAAAAAAAAACCCAAACGGAUGCACUUACUGACCGUUUCUCUUCUUUCCCCCUGAAUGCGGUGUGUGUGUGUGUGUGAGAUUUAAUUAGCAAAACAAGGAAAUCUUUCUUGAAUCAUGUCUCCGUUUAGAGACUUCUCUGGUUCUAGUAAUUGUAAACUCAUGACUGCUUCCUUUCUUCAUUAAAGCAGCUUGAUUUGGA